AUGUAAAGACAUUACACGACUACAACUUCCAGACUGCACCGGUUCUGCGGUGUGGCAAUGUGUUUUCUGUGAGUUGGAGGUGGUACCUUAUCAGCAAAAUUAAAAGCCAGUUUGGAUGAUGAAAGAUAAGCGCCGCAUUUUGAUUGGUUGCUGAGUUAUAAACGAACCGCGGCUGGGUGUCAAGGGUUUGCCAGCCACGCUGUGCAUUGUGCUGCUGAGCUGACUUUACCAAAGCAAGCAAGCAUGCUCAGCUGAACGGGGCACAAUUAUGUUUGUACUGACAGAGCGAAUGGCAGCAGGAGUUUUUAAGUGUCUUGGUUUGCAGCAGAAAGCGGUGGAAUAUUCGCGUGUGCAGCUUGUGUCUGCCUGCCAAUGCUGCAGGAAAGUCUGCUGCGCAAGUGCUGAAGGGAAGGACACUGGUGGUAGUACUUGCCACCAGCAUCAACAGAAGAGAGCUUCGGACCUGAGCGUCUCUGGCAAGAGCUCAGCCUUUGAGAAAUCAGACAACAAAACGUACCUCUGGGCAAGGUACAAUGCGAUGAAAAGGCUUGUGUACGAUCUUCUUCCUCCUGGUGUCUGUAACCUCCUCAACCCAGCCUCAAUAUACGCAAACAAUGAGAUCAGUCUGCAGGACAUUGAGAUCUAUGGCUUUGACUAUGAUUACACACUGGCCCAGUAUUCCAGCUCCUUACACACAAUGAUCUUCAACACAGCCAGAGAAAUCCUCAUUGAACAGUACAAGUAUCCACAAGGCAUUAGGAGCUAUGAAUAUAUUCCCAGUUUUGCUAUUAGGGGUCUUCACUAUGAUGUGCAAAAGAGCCUUCUGAUGAAGAUUGACGCCUUCUACUAUGUGCAGUCUGGAACAGCAUAUAGAGGGCUCACACCAGUGGCGGACGAGGAGGUCAUUGAAAUGUAUGGGGGCACCCAGCACAUCCCUCUAUACCAAGUGAGCGACUUUUAUGGCAAGGGUCCCUCUAUUAAGCAGUUCAUGGAUAUUUUCUCCCUCCCCGAAAUUACUCUGCUUGCCUCUGUGAACGAUUAUUUCAUCACCCACAACAUUGAGUUUGACCAGGGGCAUCUCUACAAAGACGUUACUGAUGCAAUCCAGGAUGUUCAUGUGAAAGGACUGAUGUACGAAUGGAUAGAGAAGGAUAUGGAGAAAUACAUUCUCCAUGGUGACAAGACGUAUGCUGUCCUAAACAGACUGGUGAAUAACGGGAAGAAGCUCUUUCUCAUAACCAACAGUCCUUUCAGUUUUGUUGAUAAAGGGAUGAAGUAUAUGGUUGGGAAGAACUGGCGGGAUCUUUUUGAUGUGAUUAUCAUCCAGGCUGAGAAGCCCAGCUUCUUCACAGACAGACGCAAACCAUUCAGAAGGCUCAAUGAAAAUGGAUCCCUUCAUUGGGACAAAAUCAGCAGGUUGGAAAAAGGGCAGAUCUAUAGACAGGGUAACCUGUUUGAUUUUCUCCAGAUGACGGGUUGGAGAGGGUCAAAGGUGCUUUAUUUUGGAGACCAUCUUUACAGCGAUCUGGCAGAUCUGAUGCUUCGACAUGGCUGGAGAACGGGUGCAAUCGUCCCUGAGCUGCACACAGAGAUCCAGAUUGUAAACACUGAGCAGUACCUGCACACCUUGACCUGGCUGCAAGCCCUCACCGGCCUGCUUGAGAGGAUGCAGGUGCAUCAGGAUGCUGAAUCGCAAACAAUUUUGUUGGAAUGGAGGAAGGAGAGACAUGAGCUGAGGUCCGUGACAAAGAACCUGUUCAAUCCUCAGUUUGGAAGUAUUUUCAGGACCUACCACAACCCCACCUAUUUCUCCCAGAGGCUGUGCCGCUUCUCAGAUCUCUACAUGGCCUCCAUCAGCUGCCUGCUCAACUACGACCUGCAGUUCACCUUCUACCCCCGGCGCACCCCCCUCCAGCAUGAGGCCCCCCUCUGGAUGGACCAGCUGUGCACUGGCUGCAUGAAAACGCCCUUCCUGGAAGAGAUGGUGCACAUCCGUUAAAGGUGUGCAAGAGGCAGGCAUUCGGAUAAGUGUAAAGCAGUCAACAUGGAAAGGGAAUGACUGUGUAUGCCUCCCCUGCCUCCUCUUUGAAAUCCAAUCACAAUGUGCUACUGUGUGAUAGGUCUAGGCCCACCUAGAGACUAAAGGUUGCUCCUUAGAGCUCUUUACUGUUAAAUCUUAAAGAACAGGGAGAGUUGUGUGUUACUGUAUGAAGACAGAAACCUUAAGAGAUAUGCAUGAUCCUUGCAUCAGUCCAGUCUUAAAAGGACCUGUGUGCGGUAUUAGAAACAAAUAAUUCCUGAUUCAAGAAUUUCACCAUCCUUGUGAAACAGACAAUACGUUAAAUUAGUCAGUUUCAUGAGUUAGCAGCAGUGUUUCCAAAGAUCGUUCUUUUAUGGAAGUUAUAUUUUCAGCUACUUUAUGAUAAUUAUGUAUGUGUAUAUUA